AUGGGGUCAAAUAAAUUAGGAGCGAGUUUGCAAAAACAAGUUUGCAUAGUGAAACUCACAUACAGUGCACGAAUACAAGCACCAAAGAAAUGCGAGGUUCAAUUAGGAAUGGUUAUUAAGAAAUGGCAAUUCAUGGGACUCACGGUGAGGUUGCAGGACUUUUCUUACAAAAACAAUCUGGGAGAAGUGAAUGAAAAAGAAGAGAAACCAUUAAGAUUGGAAAAAUGUUUUAUUCUAGUUGUUACAUGGUUUCAGAUAACAAUCAGGGCUAUCCAAGAUAAAAUAAAACAGGCAGUCCAUGGUGGAUGGAUGGAGAACCCAGGCACCAGGACAGAACAAUGUGAAUAUGUGAUGGAGAACCUGACUUAUACUAAAGAUUUUCACUUGGUUCCCUUUUCUGCCAAAUCUGAUUACACAUCACUGUUUGUCAAUAUGUUUUUCUUCUUAUAUCUGUUUGGCGUGAUCACCAAUUCUAUGAUAAUUACAGUGACAUGUACCAAUGAUCAGUUGCACACACCCAUGUAUCUAUUUUUGUGUAACCUGGCCUUAGUAGAUAUCUGUUAUACGACCACUACUGUCCCUAACCUGCUGUACAUGUUAUUUUCUGGAGAUAAUACAGUGUUCUUCUUACAAUGCUUCACCCAGAUGUACUUUUAUGCUGUGGCUGCUUCCACAGAGAAUGUUCUAAUACUCAUUAUGGCAUUUGACCGGUAUGUUGCUAUAUGUCAUCCUUUACACUAUCACGAUAUCCUGAACAGGAAACACUGUCUCUUAUUGGCAUCUGGCACUUGGAUAACUGGCUUUCUAAACUCAUUUGUGAUGACAAUCCCAGUGUCAAAUAUGUCCUUCUGUCAGUCACACACCGUAUACCAGUUUUUCUGUGAUGCUAAAUCUCUGAUUAAUAUCUCCUGUGCGGGAACUGAAUACUUUUCUAUUGUAAUCUACUUGGAAAUAUUAGUUGUUGCUUUUUUCCCAGUUACAUUCAGUUUGAUAUCUUAUAUAAAGAUUAUCAGAGUCAUCUUGCAGAUAAAAUCUAAGGAUGGUAGAAAGAAAGCCUUCUCCACCUGCUCAUCCCACCUCACCAUUGUCAUUAUUUACUAUACAACUGGUAUGUCUGUGUACAUGAUGCCCUCAUCAGAAUCCUUCAAUGUUUUAAACCAGGUCCUUACUGUAAUAUACACAGUUGUCACACCUAUUAUAAACCCUCUAAUCUACAGUCUACGGAAUAAAGAUGUGAAAAUCGCUCUGCUGAGACUACUGGGGGGAAACAUAACUUGGUAA